CAUGGACGUCACAGCCGACCGCACACGGGUGGCGCCGGAGAUCGAGAAGGAGGUCGACGACAUCGCCAUGGAGGGUGACAUGGAGUCGGACCCCGCGCUGGCGCGCGAGCGGCAGCUGGAGCCGGUGCAGCCGUGGCAGGAGCAGCUGACGGUGCGGGGAAUGGUGGCGGCGCUGUUGAUCGGGUUCAUCUACACCGUCAUCGUGAUGAAGAUCGCCCUCACCACCGGGCUGGUGCCCACGCUCAACGUCUCCACCGCGCUGGUCGCCUUCCUCGCGCUCCGCGGCUGGACCCGCGGGCUCGCCCGCCUCGGCAUCUCGUCCCGCCCCUUCACCCGGCAGGAGAACACCAUCAUCCAGGCCUGCGCCGAUUCCUGCUACACCAUCGCAAGUGCCGGUGGAUUUGGGUCGACGUUGCUGGGCCUCAACAAGAAGACAUACGAGCUUGCCGGGGACUCGCCGGGCAACGUGCCGGGGAGCUACAAGGAGCCAGGCAUUGGGUGGAUGACGGGAUUCCUCCUGGCCAUCUGUUUUGGGGGCCUCCUCAGCCUCAUUCCCCUCAGAAAGGUUUUGGUGGUCGACUACAAACUAACUUACCCAAGCGGGACUGCAACCGCUGUUCUUAUAAACGGGUUUCAUACCCCAAAGGGAGACAAAAAUGCAAAGAAGCAAGUCCAUGGAUUUCUAAAAUACUUCGGGAUCAGCUUUAUGUGGAGCUUCUUUCAGUGGUUCUACACUGGAGGCCCUGUUUGCGGUUUUGUCCAGUUCCCUACUUUUGGUCUCAAGGCAUGGAAACAAACGUUCUUCUUCGACUUUAGCCUCACGUAUGUGGGCGCGGGGAUGAUUUGCUCACACCUAGUGAACCUCUCCACACUCUUGGGUGCAGUUCUUUCAUGGGGGAUAAUGUGGCCACUCAUUAGCAAACAGAAGGGCAUUUGGUACCCUGCAGAUGUACCAGCAAGCAGCAUGAAAAGCUUGUACGGUUACAAGGCCUUCUUCUGCGUGGCCCUGAUAAUUGGAGAUGGUCUUUAUCAGUUCUUGAAGGUCACAUAUGUCACUAGUAAGAGCCUACAUCAACGAUUAAACCACAAUGUUGUUACCAAGAAAGAUAAUCCAGUGACAGACAAGGGCGGUAUGACUUCGCUAGAGGAAAUCCAGCGCGACGAGAUCUUCAAGAGUGACAACAUACCCUCAUGGAUGGCAUACGCAGGAUACGCGGUGCUUAGCAUCAUCUCAUCAAUCAGCAUACCUCUGAUGUUCCGUCAGAUCAAGUGGUACUAUGUGAUAGUGGCCUAUCUCCUUGCACCCGUGCUCGGGUUCUCCAAUUCCUAUGGAGCAGGUCUCACUGACAUCAACAUGGCCUACAACUAUGGCAAGAUCGCCCUCUUCAUCUUUGCAGCCUGGGCUGGCAAGAAAAAUGGUGUAAUUGCCGGCCUGGUUGGUGGUACGCUCGUAAAGCAGCUGGUCCUCAUGUCCGCCGAAUUGAUGCAUGACUUAAAGACAAGUUAUCUCACGUCGACAUCACCAAGAUCUAUGCUCGUGGCACAGGCCGUUGGGACUGGCAUGGGUUGCAUAGUCUCACCCCUCACCUUCAUGCUUUUCUACAAGGCAUUUGAUGUUGGUAACCCAGAUGGCUAUUGGAGGGCACCGUAUGCACUCAUAUACCGUAGUAUGGCGAUUCUCGGUGUGGAAGGCUUCUCAGCUUUGCCGAAACACUGCCUCUCUAUCUCUGCUGGAAUUUUUGCAUUUGCGAUGCUUCUAAGUAUUGCUAGGGAUAUCCUACCAUGGAAGUACGGGAAGUAUGUGCCCCUGCCGAUGGCCAUGGCAGUGCCUUUCCUUGUAGGUGGGAGCUUUGCCAUUGACAUGUGCAUCGGGAGUUUGGUGGUAUUUGUGUGGGAGAAAAUGAACAAGAAGGAUGCCGCCAUCCAAGUUCCUGCUGUUGCAUCCGGCUUGAUAUGUGGGGAUGGCAUAUGGGUAUUCCCUUCCUCACUGCUUGCUCUUGCCAGGAUUAACCCUCCGAUCUGCAUGAAGUUUACUCCCGCCAGCUAGGGAGUUUACUAAGUCACACCUUCUUCAACUAUCUUUGGAUUUUACGUGUU